AUGUUGACUGGAGGUGUACCAGUUCGAGCUGCAAUGACUAAUGGGCCGGACGAUGAAUGCAACACCCUUCUCAACGUAAUCGCUAGCAACGGGAAUAGUAACGACGGCAUAUUGUCAAGCCAUUUUCUCCAAUACCUCAAUGAUUCAAAUUCGCGGUCUCCAAGUUCGACAGGAAACUCUCUACAUGCUCCCUUCAAUGUGAUUACAAGUGUUCCCGCUCGGCCAGAUAGCGUUGCCAGCAAUAGUUCGAAUUCGCUCACGGGUGUGCUAUCGCUAUCGGCUCCUCCUACAAACGCAUUGACAGUGUCACAAACUCCCACAGCCACGUCCCCUACUGUGGAUUCAACCACUAUCGAAGUGGCGGUGCGUCCAUAG